AUGGCAGCGCAGUCAGGGAACGAAGCAACGAAGAACUUUGACGAAAAGAAGGACAAAGUCAACCCAGAAGCCCAAUCACUCCUCGAAUCAUACAGCAACAUCAAACCAGACGAAGUCCUCCAACAUGUUGUCACUCUCCGCGAUGAAGCAUUCUCCGUCUACCAUUACUCCUGCAUUGGCCAGAUGCGAUUUCUAUCCUUCAAUCUCUCAAAAAUGCCUUUUUACUCACGCAUCCUCAACUUACUCAAAUCCUCUCCCGAUGCCGGAUUUUUAGAUGCCGGGUGUUGCUUUGGUCAGGAGAUUCGAUAUCUUGCCAACCAAGGAAUCCCGCACUCGCAAUUGUAUGGAUGCGAUUUAGAGCAGGUCUUUAUUGAUCUUGGGUAUCGCUUAUUUCUGGAUGGUGAAGGGAAACUAGGAGCGAAGUUUUUUGUCGGCGAUCUGGCCCAGCCCGAAGAAACAACGUACGAGAAGGGAGCAUUAGCGCAAGGAUUGAAAAAUAAAUUACAAGCCAUUUUUGCAUCGUCUCUUUUCCACAUGUGGGACUAUGAGGAACAGGUCCUUGUUGCAAAGAGAAUGGUGGCUAUGUGUGAGGAUAAGGCAGGCGUGAUGAUUACAGGUCGACAGCUAGGAAGCCAUCUAGGCGGACGUUAUCCGAUGACUGGGAUGCGAAAGGAUGGGGAGAAGUACCGGAAUUAUCGGCAUAACGAACAGACCAUUAGAGGCUUCUGGCUUGAUGUGGGCGAAGCCACCGGCACUCAAUGGACGGUCGACGCAGGCACUUAUUGGGGAGAAGAGAUGGAACAAACUAGGAAUGCACCAUGGGCAGAACCAGAAAUGUGCAUGAUCUGGUGGUCUGCAACUCGAAAGUAA